AUGAUGAGCGUGAGGCCCUACAGCCCCAGAUUCGACCCCCUGUCCUACUGGUCACCCCAGCCAACAGGACUCAGCCCUGACACGCCUGCCAGCCCCGAACCGCUGGUGCAGCAAGAACUGGAGAUACCCAUCUCUCCCUCCACCAACGACCUCACCUCCGUGAUGUUCGUGCCCACUGGCUGCGCCGUGCAGCUGCCCCUGGACGACAACCAACAGCUGCUCCUGGAGCCCGAGCCCACCUCGGUCCUGAAAGUGUCGCUCCAAGGACACACCGUCAUCCUGGUUCCUGAGGGCCUCAGCGAUUCUGGCCAGACUGGACAGUCCUGGUUCUUGCCCGCCAGCCUGCAGGGGGCCGCUCAUCUAGAUAUGAACCAGGACCCCUUCAGCGUCCAGCCACCAUCCUUCAGGGCAUCUGCAUCAGAGUCCUUGGAAAACCCAGAGGAAGACCCUGAAGAUGGCUUCAUGAUGCCAUGGAUGAAUGCUCCAGCUGGCUUAGCCCCGGGAUAUCUUUUCUCCUCCACCGGGGUAUGUAGCCCCUUGUUUGAGAGCCGAGCCACAUCUAUCUGGCGUCCUUACCUCUCUUCUAGCUCCGAGAGAUAUGCUCCAUGGUCCAUCUGGAGCCUCCGAAGCAGCAUGCUGUGGCCUCUCCCCAGCUCACCACUGCAGCCUCUCCCUCCAUCUCCUCCAAAUCACCAAGAUCAGGACCUGCAGAAGUCUCGGAGCCCUUCCCGACCUCGGUGCAAGGCCCAGAGGCGCCUCUUCUAG